AUGGGUGGUGGCAUGGCAUUGCUGUUCGCAGAGGUCGGUGUUCAUGUCAGCCUCUCAGACCCAUCCGAACAGGCAAUGGACGCAGUAAUCGAGAAGGCUGAGAAGUCGGGAUACAACGGCGAAGUCAAGAAGUACAACGUCUUCUCCCUCCCACAUGGCGGUGUUGGCGACGAGGUGCUCCAAGGCCUAAUGCCGCACUUGGAGCGCGAUGACAUCAUCCUCGACUGCGGCAACGAACACUUUGCGAACACGGAACGCCGGCAGCACAAGGUCAAAGACACCGGCAUUCGCUAUAUCGGGUGCGGGGUCAGCGGUGGAUAUCAGGCGGCGCGAGCUGGCCCAUCCAUGUGCCCAGGUGGAGACCGGUCUGCGCUUAAUGAAGUGCUGCCACUGCUCGAAAAGGUCGCCGCGAAAGACAAGAUUGAGAAGCCCUGCGUAGGCAUUGUUGGUAAAGGAGGCUCAGGACAUUAUGUGAAGAUGGUUCACAACGGCAUUGAGCACGGUAUGAUGAGCGCCAUCUGCGAAGCCUGGGGCGUCAUGCGCAAGAUGGGCAUGGGCUACGAGGAGAUUGGUGACGUAUUGAAGGAGUGGAAUUCGUCUGGCGAAUUGAAAGGGACUUUCCUCAUCUCGAUCGGUGCAGAUCUAUCACACAAGCGCGUGCCAGACUCCUCAAGGCCCGACGAGAAGUCAAGUUCGAAAGGCGAACAUCACCCCCUCGUCAUCUCAGAAGUCCUCGACAAAGUGGUCCAAGACAUCACUGGAGAGGAAGGCACUGGCAUUUGGUCCAACACCGAAGCUAUUGAACUUCACGUCCCAGCCUUCACCCUCAACAUUGCGCACGCUUUCCGCCUCGCCUCUGCAUUCCGCGGCGACCGUGAAAAAGCCAGCAAAGUACUAAACGGCGGCUUUCCUCCCAGCUCAAUCGACGUACAAGACAAGGCAUCAUACAUCGAAGCUCUGCGCAAGGCAACCUACGCAGCCUGCCUCGCCUCCUUCAUCCAAGGCUUCAAUAUCAUUGCGCGCGCAGACCAACAACACGACUGGAACAUCGACUACUCCCAAGUCUGGCAGAUCUGGCGCGCAGGCUGCAUCAUCCAGGCCGACUACAUCUCCGACGAGAUCCUCGCACCCAUUCUCAAAUCCAACCCCACAUCCGACGACCUGAACCUCAACUUCUCUCCUCGUGUCGCACAGGACAUUAAGAACUGUUUCCCUGCCCUGCGCCGCGUGGUGGCGAAAUCAGUAGAAACAGAUCAGGUCACGCCGGCUAUCAGCGCGACCUUGGAAUACUUCAAGGUGGCGUCUGGCACCGAUCUGCCGACAAGCUUUUACGAGGCUGAGCUGGAUUACUUUGGAAGCCACAUGUUUGAUAAGAAAGGGGAUCGAGAUGCGAAUGUCAAGAAGCCGAUGGAGGGGAAACAUCAUUUUGAGUGGAAGCCGGCGACGAGCCAGAAGGAGGUGUAUGGGAAGAACUACAAGGUCUGA